AGCUCUGCUCUGCUCUGUGUGUGUGCGUGUGGCUACGUCUACGUCACUGUGCUGUCAGUGCCGGACCGCUCAAAACGUAAACAAAUGCGACAGCGACAUCGAACGAAGCAGGCCAGUGGCAGUAGCUUACGACUUCCCGGCCACCGGUGGCUUGGUGCUUUGUUUUCUGUUUUGUGUGUGACCGCAAAAGGAAGGACAAUCGAACGUGUCGCGCACGUCGCUUCCCUUGUCCCACUUUCCGCCUAGCGAUGCCUACUACCGCCAGCCAGUGGCCGGACGCUGAGCACUGUGGCAAAGUGUGCGCGAACCUCCCUCGCUGGUAGCUGCUGAAGGAUGAGCCGAGAGCGGCCGUUGCUCACCCCGGUCUGCUAUGUCGGCGAGCGGAAGCAGUUCGUGGAGUCCAUCCUGAUGGCCAGCAACGAGUACGGGCCGAACCUUUCCUACAGCUCGAUCAAUCUGAUUGGCCGGCCGUCCAACUUCCCGAUCUACGGCGACCAUACGGACUCGUACCUGUUGUCCUCGUACGGCAAGUGGCCCCGGCUGGCACCGUCGUACCGGCCCGAGUUCGGGCUGGCGAGGAUAGCGCCGUGCGACAAUCCGCCGGUGGACGAGUUCUUCGUCGUCAGCUUCGAGCAGGCCGUCUAUCCGGCCGAGAUCGGCGUGUACGAAACGCUGCAUCCGGGCACGAUCCGCCGCAUCAGCUGCUACGUGCUGAAGGUCGGCUGGGUCUGUCUCUGGGACGGCCGCUCCGACAAGUGGGAGUACGUAGCGGGCGACAGGAGCGCUAGCCCCGCGCGCCUGUUCGUGCCGACCCUGCGCACCGUCCAGCACCGGACACGCGUGCUGCGUUUCGAGCUAAACAUGCGCGACCAACGGUACAUCAGCGGGCUGGACGGCAUCAUACUGGUGGGCGGCGUGCACGACUUCCACGAAGCGCGCGCGAAGGUUCAAGUAGUAGCAUCGGCUGCCGCAUCACCAACACCACCACCGGUGGAGGCGACGGCAGCAUUGGAAUUGAUAGGCAAGGCGGCGGGAGGCACCAACCAGCCAAACCUUACCGAUAUGCCGUACGAGGUACUGUAUCACAUCCUCUCCCAUCUCGACUGGUUCGCGCUCGCCGACGUGGAGAAGGUGUGCGUCCGGUGCGCCGAGGUGGUGGCCGACGCCCGCCUCUACCGGGAGGUGAACCUGCGCCCGUACUGGGACCGGGUGGAUUCGCACUUUCUGCUGUGGCUGAGCAACCGUUGCACCGGCAUCAAGAAGCUGGACCUGUCCGGGUGCGGCAUCGUCAACGAGUUCAACAUAAUCGACCUGCAGAUGUUUUUCAACCGCCACGGGCGCACGCUCACGCACCUGCGCCUUAACUGCAUCGGCGUGCAGCACGCCAUGUCGUUCGUGCUGCUGCUGUGUCCCGAGCUGACCGAGCUGUGCAUGCAGAACGCGUUGCUGGACAACCAGCGCUACCAGCCGUCCGUCUGCAAGCGGCUGACCGUGCUCGAUCUGAGCCGGGCGCAGUGUGCGUCCGAAACGCUGCUGGCCCUGCUGCAGCAAAACCCGCACCUGCAGCACCUGAGCCUGGCGAGCUGCGACCAGUCGAGCCUGUCCGACAUCACGCACACGAUCGGCGAGCACAACCGCGCCCUGCUCAGCCUGAAGCUGUGGAAGACGCACGCGCUCGGGGCGCACGGGCUGGUGCCGCUGCAGCACUGCACCAAGCUGCAGGAGCUCGAUCUCGGCUACAGCAACCACGAGGAAUGUGCCGAGGGUACGCUCGCCCAGCUGGCGGCGGCCUGUCCCGACCUGCGCUGGGUCGUGCUCGGCGGGUUCCGCGGCAUCACCAACAACGAUCUGCUGGCGAUCGCGCGCCACUGCCCCCGGCUGCAGUACCUGGACCUGAUGUGCUCCGUGAUGCUGUCCGGCGAGGCGAUCAACGCGAUCUUUAUCGGCUGCCCGGCGCUCCGCCUGCUCGAGCUGAGCUACUGCAACGGCAUCGAGCAGGAGUGGAUCAACAUGUGGCGCCGCGACUUCCCGCACGUCGACGUGAAGCACCAACACUGACGCGGAGAAGAGGGGGAGAGGGUGUGUGUGUGGUGGAAGCGGAUGCGCCCAUGCGAGGUGUUGGCACUCUAUCGUUUGUUUGUUUUUUCUUCUUCGCCCGUUUCAUUCAUAGAUAGGUAGACGGCAAAGGCUGCUAGCCGCCGGUUUGAAUUUAAAAAUUGUCGUUCCUUCAUUUGAGACGGUUCUGUUAGCUAAUGUGAACUAAUGCAAGUGAAUUUCGUUUUACAACACCGACCACUGUAGCGGAGGAGGGCGUUAUAUACGCUUCAUAUCCAGCGAGGGAUUGGCAGUUUUUCGUUUAUUAGUUUUUUGUUCAUUUACUUCAAAGAUAGCUAGGCGGUACUGGCUCGUAGCCACCGGUUUUAAUUUAAACGUUGUUGGACCUUCAUUUGAGGGGGGUUUCUUAGCUAAUGUGAACUAUUGCAAGCGAAUUUAGUUUUACCGACCACUGACGCGGGGGAAGGCGUUAUAUACGCUUCAUAUCCAGCGAGGUAUUGGCAGUUUUUCGUUUAUUAGUUUUUUGUUCAUUUACUUCAAAGAUAGCUAGGCGGUACUGGCUCGUAGCCACCGGUUUGAAUUUAAACGUUGUUGGACCUUCAUUUGAGAGGGGUUUCUUAGCUAAUGUGAACUAUUGCAAGCGAAUUUAGUUUCACAACACCGACCACUGACGCAAGGGAAGGCGUUGGACGCGUAUACAUCCGCCGCGGUAUUGGCAGUUUUUUUGUUUAUUAGUUUUUAUUUCUUCUCCUUCAAAAGUAGGUAGACGGUAAUGGCUGCCAGCGGCCGGUUUGAACUUAAACAUUGUUGUUCCUUGACUGAAAAGGAUUAUAUUAGCUAAUGUGAACUAUAGCAAGUGAAUUUAGUUUUACAACACCGACGUGACUGUUGUUUAUUGAAUUAUAAUGAAUUAAAAAUAAAAAGCAAGACGCUGAACUCGAA